CAUUUCUUCUGUAUGCUGAUUCCUUCGUUGAAAUUGAAAAAGAGAAAUUGGUGGAGAGAAGAAAAAAAUUAACUAGGAGUUUUACUCUGUUGACUGAUUGAUUGAGUGGUAGAUCACCGUCAAUUCAACGCCUUAAAAAGGUCUUCCUUGUCUAGUUGAGCUGUCAUAGUUGGUACCAUGGGUGUCUCAGGAAAAUGGAUCAAAGCAUUGGUUGGCUUGAAAAAAACAGAGAAGUCACAAUCUUCGGAGAAGGAAGAAAAUAGGUCAGCUACUAGCAAAUUUUCUCACCGAAGAAAGCAUUCUGUCGAGUUUGACACAGAUAAACUUCAAGAAGAGUUGGAUCAGAAUGCUGUGCCAAUAGCCAGAGAUGUUAAUACUCAUGCAACUGCUGAUGCUGCUGGCUCCCCCUCUGGUUCACUUCAAGUGGUUGAUGCAGCUGUUAAUGGACUUGCUUUGGAAGAAUGGGCUGCCACAAGGAUACAAACAGCUUUUCGUGGGUUUCUGGCUAGAAGAGCUUUGCGAGCUUUAAAAGGAUUAGUAAGGCUGCAGGCCCUUGUUAGGGGUCACACUGUAAGAAAACAAGCUGCAACGACUCUUCGCUGCAUGCAAGCUUUGGUAAGAGUUCAGGCUCGUGUAAGAGCAAGGCGUGUUCGACUGGCAUUAGAAAGUGAAACUGCCCAACAGAAAUUUCAGCAACAACUUGCAAAUGGAGCUCGUGUUAAAGAAGUAGAGGAAGGGUGGUGCGAUAGUAUAGGAUCUGUUGAAGAAAUCCAAGCCAAGUUACUAAAGAGGCAGGAGGCUGCAGCUAAACGUGAGAGAGCCAUGGCAUAUGCUCUGGCUCAUCAGUGGCAAGCAGGAUCAAGACAGCAGUCUAUGCCUGCUGGGUUUGAACCAGAUAAAAGCAGCUGGGGUUGGAACUGGCUGGAAAGGUGGAUGGCUGUACGUUCAUGGGAGAAUAGCUUUCUUGACAUUAAUCUUCGAGAUGGAGUGAUGAUAUGCAAGGAUGAUUCUGCAGAGGGAAACAAUGGUGCCAAUUCUCAGAUAAAACCUGCUAUCAAGAAGCCAGCUGCAUCAAAUCUUCAUGCUAACCUGUCAAGUCUAAAGACAGGUCCAUCGUAUUCUGGAGGGAGUGAUUCUCCACCUGGUAAGUCAGCAAAUGUGCUAGAAGCAGUCAAUGCAUUGUCUUCCAAGCCAAAAUCCAAACCAGUCCUUGAAGAUUUGGUUGAAGAAGCUGGCACAAAACCUGUUACUACUUCAAGAUCACGCAGCAAUCCUAAAGAGAGGUCUAUAAAAUCAGAUAGACAGCCAAAGAAGAGAUUGUCUCUACCUAACAGUGGGGGAGGCACUGGAACUGAAACCAACAAGCCUAGCAGAACUGCUGCAAAAACGACGCCAGGCUCUCACAAGCCGAUAAAGGACAGGUUCAAGUCCAACGGACAAGGGGACUUGAAUCCUGCGUAAAAUACGGCACAGGCUUUUGAUAUUUAAGGAAGCAUCUGUGAAUACAAACCUGUCGGGUUGUCAUCCACCCAGGUGUUAGCAUGUAUAUGUGUAUCAAAUUACAGCACGAGAUGCAAUGGCUUUAUUUUCCUGUCAUAAAAUUGAGUGGCUCCGCUGUGGCGAGCAGAUGCUUCAU